AUGUUUAACCCCGUGGAAGCCCUUGCCAGUGUGAGCGGUGCAUCGGUACCCGCAAUCCGGCUCAUUCUUUCCGUCCUGCUCGCCUACCCGAUCGGAGCGCUCUAUCGACAGCUCAAGGGUGGUUCGACGGUGCGAAAUCUCUACAUUGCCCUUACCGGUCUAUCGAUCGUGGUGUUUAACUAUGGCACCGACAUCUACCACAGCUUACUGGCCGUUGCGGUUACCUUCCUGUGCAAUACCUUCCUCGGCCGGAGCCCACUGCUGGUGCCGGUGAGCUUCUCCUAUCACAUGGGAUAUUUGCUAAUUGGUUACUAUUACACGACAAGCGAUACGUACGACAUUAAAUGGACCAUGCCACACUGUGUGCUGGUGCUGCGUUUGAUCGGUCUUGCAUUCGAUCUGUCCGACAGCAGAACGAAGGAGAGGAAUGGCAAACCGGACGCGAAAUGCAUCCCGGCACCGACACUGCUGGAGCUGAUUGCAUUUACCUACUUUCCCGCCACCGUACUCGUGGGGCCACAGUUUAGCUUUCUGCGCUACCAACGCUUCAUCGCCGGUGCGUACGAACCCCACACGCAGAAUGCACCCGCGUACGCGAUGAAGAAAUUUCUCCAGGGUGUGUUCUAUCUCGUGGUGAACCAGGUCGGCACACAGUACGUCUCCGAUGCGUACCUCCUGUCGGAAGAGUACGAGCAGGAAACGCUAUUCAUGAAGCACAUCUAUCUGGGCGCCUGGGGACGGAUAACGCUCUACAAAUACAUCUCGAUUUGGCUGCUCGCGGAAGGUGCUGCCGUUAUUUACGGUCUUACAUACAUUGAUGCGAAACCGGGCGAACGGGAGUACUGUUCGGAUGAGCUGUCGGGCUGUAGCAACAUUAAGGUGGGCGUUUUCGAAAAUACCAGCAAGUACGGCCACUACGUCGAAUCGUUUAACGUGCAAACCAACACGUGGGUCGCGAAUUACGUGUACAAGCGUUUGCGCUUCCUCAACAAUCGCAUGCUGUCGCAUCUCGGCGCGUUGUUCUUCCUUGCGAUCUGGCACGGUUUCCACAGCGGCUACUACAUUACAUUCCUGCUAGAGUUUAUGGUUAUCCGGAUGGAGAAGGAGGUUGAGCCGAUAUUUGCCAAAAGUGACAAGCUACAGCAACUGCUGCAACAGCAACCUCUCCUGCGGGCACUCGUGUUCGUCGGGCUCAAGUAUUACACUAUCGUGUGGGCCGGCUGGUGUCUCGUCCCGUUCGUAUUUCUGAGCUUCCACAAAUGGUGGCACAUCUACACGGUUGUACGCUUCUCGGGCUUUAUCCUGUUCAUCGGUGGCAACAUCUUCCUCGCUCCGCUGUUGCGUGCCGUGCUGCCUAGAUCCUCCUCCUCCACGGCAAAGCCAACGACUGUGGCCGGUUCUACUGCACCAACGACUCAAACCGCCGGUGGCCCAUCGGAAGCAAAGAAAGACAAUUAA